CCAGUGUUUGAGAAUGCCAAAGAAAUACCUAGGAAUUGGACCCUAAAGAAGCAGCGAGGAGAGUGGCGGGAAGCGGUGGAAAUCAAGUUUGCUGAUUUUGCAUCCCUUCUCAAACGACCCAAAAGGACCCAAAAAAUAAAAAAGGACAAGAUUCAUGCCGAUCAUUUAAAAUUUUCUAAACUUCGCAAUAACAAUUUUACUAUAAUACGAAGAAAGAAAGGUAGACGGGAAUUUUGGAGGAACUGCCUGUCCGAGGUGAGCGAGAUGGAUUUUGAGUGCUCGGAUCCCAGUGUUUGGAAACAAGCUUUGAGCAAUUAUCAGUCUCGAAUCCAAUCUCUUAACAAACCAAAUUUGGUUUCGCUGGAUGAUUUCUACUGCAACCAACUCCCUCCUCUCCUUCUCCAACGAAACCCUAACCCUCACAUCACCGCUUCUGAGCUUUCCAAGCUUAUGCAAUGGAAGCUCACCCGUGGCAAAUGGAGGCCUCGUCUCUUGGAUUUCGUUUCGUCCCUGGACGAGUCCUUAGUGAAGUCCGCUUCUCAGAAGGCCUUUCAGAGUCUUCCUGAUAUCUCCAAAGCUGUUUCUGAACUUACUGUCCUUAAAGGAGUUGGUCCCGCCACUGCCUCCGCCAUUCUUGCUGCUUUCGCCCCGCACAUCACCCCUUUCAUGUCCGAUGAGGCUCUGGAGGCAGUCCUUGGCAAUUCUAAAGAUUAUUCUCUGAAGCAAUAUCUACUGUUUGCCAGCAAAGUGCAGACAAAAGCGAAGGGAAAUGAUUUGCAGGAGUUGAGCAGGGAAGGAGACUCCUUUACCCCAUCAGAUGUAGAAAGGGCUUUAUGGAGUGGUGCCGUGGGGAAGUCACUAGCACCACAGUUGAACCAGGAUCCCAAGACCAAUCCAAUCAGAGGCUCCAAAAGAAAGAGAAAAAAUUGACUUGGCUAAUGAAUGAAACUACAAGUCAUGCCCGUUCUUUUCUGAGGGGCUAGAUUUGAGUUAGCAAGUAGCAACAUGGUGAAUUGGGAGAACUAACUUUGUUGACUAAAGCAAAAGAUUUAACAGUGGAGUGGACCAUCCUGUAAGAAUAAUUAUGUACUUCCCACACCCUCUUGGUAUCACAUUUCGGCUUUCACACCUGUUUAUUUUGCCAAAUGGAUUCUUUGGAAUGCAAGGGAGAAUUAGAUAUAGACAUCGUGUUGAAUCUUAAGCGGGGUUCGUGCUUUAUUCUUGUUCCUCAACUACAUUUAUAGUUACUAUUCUAGAAGAUUUUUCUCUUGCUUAGCGUGAA